UCAUGACGUCACGUGCCGCCAUCUUGCCGCCACAGACGGUGUUUGGUCCUGCGAGGUCGACACUGACACUGGACAUGGCAUCUCUAGACACUUCAGCCCUCUCACCAGCCCUCACCACCGACGACAGCAGUCAACUGGCAAGUGAUGAUACAAAAAAAGAAGUCAUCCAAGAGAAAAAGACUCUAGAACAAAAGGAAGAGGAAAAGUUAAAAGCCAAAUACCCUAACUUGAGGGGUGGUGGUCCAGCUAUUCUUCACAAGCGUCUUAUUCAGAAAGGGAAGUACUUUGACUCUGGUGACUAUAACAUGGCCAAGGCAGCUAUGAACAACCCCAAGAAGCCUCUGCCACCCCAGGAAAAGAUACUCUUGCAAGAAUCCAUUGGGGAGGGCAUACCCACACCAGAGGAUCUUCCUCCCCGAAAGCCUUCAAUUGUACAGAGCAAACUUGCCUCUGGCGCUCUCUCGUGACUUUCCUCACCACCUGCCUCAAUUCUCAACAAAACCCUUCCUCCUUGUUGCACCCAAUACUCCGUUAGCAGGGCUGAACUUUGUUGUCAGUGGAAAAGAUGACCCUUUACUAAAGUACUUUAUUUUCUGUUUCACUUGUUUUAAUGGUUCUCAGUAUUGGGAAAGUUACACAAAAGUCAUGAAAAGUCAUCAAAUUGUGUUGUGCAUUUGUUACUCACUCCCUUGUUUUGUGCACAUCUCCUCCAACCCCAUGAUAUAGUUGGAGGACUUGUCAGGAGAAAGAUGCCUAGCAUCAGCACUUGUGUGCACUGUGCAUCAUUUGGCAAACUUAAAAACCCUGGAAACCUUAGGUCAUUGUGUGCAUCACUCCAUACCUGAAAGAGGGGUACUUAAGUUUGGACCACACGUUGGCAGAUAAUGGGCUGAAUGUGUUCACUACCUAGGUACUGUCAUUGCCUUGGACUUAUUGAAUCAUGAGUUUUUGCAUUACUUUAAAGGUAUAUUUUAGUAUUUUUGUUAGAGUGGUCAUGGUUGCUUGUAUAUCCUAGACACAAUGUUUAUAAGUGUAAGAGUCAACAAGAGUUUUUGCCUGUUUGCAGACUGUUGAUAUUUUCAAAUUGAUAUGCUCCGAUGUAUGAUGUCUGCAUUAUUACAUCUGUUGUGUGUUUGAUUAGGGAUUUUUUGUUUUCACAAACCAGAAAGUAUAGAGACAGGAAUGGAGUUGUCUGCUGACUAGAUCUUCAGAUAUAAUCAAUAGAUUUGGCUAGAUGACUUGGACUUGUGUUUUUAGUCAAGGAAAGCAGACUGAAGCCAGAGUUUGCAACACUAUAGUAAAUAUCUCAUCAAAUUCUUAAUCUUUCUUCAGAUUGUGCUGUUAAUUCCAUAAAAAUCUCUCUUGAUCAACCACCGUGCUGUUAUCAAUCCUAUUGGGCUUCUGGUUAUUUAAAAAAAAAACCCACCAAAUUCUGCGACAGUCCUUAUCCAACUUUGCUGAACACCUGACUAUCGUUGCAUUUUUUAAUUUUUGCAUGUCAUAACACUUUGGUAGAACUUAUUUGACAAGCUCUUCCUAGCUUUGCAAAUAUAAGAGUAAUGACUAUAAACAUGCAAGUUGAAGUAGACUGUCAUUGGUGUCACCUCCAUUUCCCCACUUUCACUCUUGAUAUCCUUUGGUGUUAUUGAAACAUUGAUGAAGGUUUAUUAAGUAUACAAGAACAAAUCAGAAAUGACCAUUAGAGAGACUAUUUCACAUUUUCUGUUUAUCACGUAGCAUACAUGCUUGUAGUACUACAUCAUGAAAAAUAGAUCUUUUUAUACUAUUUGAUGCCAGUAUCACCAUUGGUUUACCUGUUAAUGAAAUAAGGGAUUGUGGUUGGCAUAUUAGUCAUUUAUUAAUCCACGUUUUGUUUAGACUUAUCAGCCAUGACAAUUGAGGGUUAAAGUAACAUGUCCACUUUGUUUAUGCAGUAGCCAGUGUUUCUGUUUUUUUUCCUUUUCUUUUAGUUUGAAGAAUUGUUUCGGGUUGCUUAUGGACAGCAGUCUUGUUAUCAUUUAGUCAUUUAUUUUCAGCAUGAAAUGAAUUAUGUUUUCUCAUCAGUAACGUGCAAACAUUUUCACAUGGUAAUGAUGUGUUACUGCCAAGAAAUGUGUUUUGGUAUUAUAAUCUGUUAAGUGUAAGUAGCAUGUAAAAGCAUGAAGUAUGAAUUAGUUCUUAGACAAGUCAGCAGAGAGAAUUUGGUAUUUUUCUGAUAGAUAAAUCCUGCAUGAUGGCUAAUUUAUUAAGUAUAAUCACAGUAAGAUUUUGCUAUUACCCAAGAAAUAGUUCAAAUUCCUUCAUGAAAUGACAGUGGCAGCCAUUUAUUGGUCACUGCAUGGUGUACACUAAACAAAUGGACAGGCAUUGCAUUAUUUGCCGAUAUUUGUCAAGAUAUGGGCCACCAGCCUUCUAGGAACUGUACUGUAUGAAUAUAAAGAUGAAAUGUCCUGAAAUAAAUGUUUUCUCUGUAAA